GUCGUGUAGUUCGCCUCAGGAAGGGGCGGGCGAAGGACUCUGACACCCCCCCGCCCCGCUCGCCUCCCUUUCCCUUCGCUUCGGAAGUUGGAGUAAACUUCCGCGGGGUGGGGAAAGAGGAGGGCGAGAGGCGUCAGACCUGAGGGAGGAAAGAGUUGGAAGCGGAGGAAGAGUUCGAGUCGGGGUCGAGCCUCCCCUUAAAAGUUUGGGGGGGGGGAAGGAAAAGAACCUGGAGAAGAGGCUCCCUAAAGUGGGCUGGACACAGAGUGGUGGGGGGACAAAAAGACUGAUGAAGUAUUACUUUGGAAGAAUCAGUAUGGAAACUUCACCUGCUCAUGUAUUACAACUCUCCAUCUCUCUUAAAUGAUUUGGAAGACAAGUCUAUAAACCCAAAACAUAUCAUCCACUUUGAUUACUGUGUCAGUACCAUGCCUAGUAGAAUGGGAUCAAAAAUGAAUAUGAAGAGAGACUUCAUUAGAGUAAAAACUCAUUAUAAUGGGGAUAUCCUCAUAACAAAUCUGGGUGCAUCUAUGAACUAUGAUGAACUUUGUGAUGAAGUGAGAGAAAUGUGCAAUUUACAGCAGGAGCAACCAAUUACCCUUAAAUGGAUUGAUAAUGAAGGGGAUCCGUGUACCAUUUCAUCCCAGAUGGAACUGGAAGAGGCGUUCCGCUUGUACUGUCAACAUCGAGAUGAAGGGCUCAUUAUUCAUGUCUUUCCCAGCAUUCCAGAAAAGCCAGGCAUGCCAUGUCCAGGAGAAGACCAAUCAAUCUACCGACGAGGAGCCAGAAGAUGGAGGAAGCUGUACAGAGUGAAUGGGCAUCUGUUUCAAGCCAAACGCUUUAACAGAAGAGCAUACUGUGGCCAGUGCAGUGAAAGGAUAUGGGGUCUCGGAAGGCAAGGCUACAAGUGUAUCAACUGCAAGCUGUUGGUCCAUAAACGCUGUCACAUUCUUGUCCCACUGACCUGCAAAAGGCAUAUGGAUUCUGUGAUGCCUUCCCAGGAACCUCAAUUAGAUGAUAAGAAUGAUGAAGUUGACAUCUCCACAGAAGAAAAUGAUGGAAUACCUUAUAUUCCUUCAGCCCGGAAACAUGACAAUAUUAAAGAUGAUUCUGAGCAGCUCAAGCCAGUUAUUGAUGGAAUGGAUGGAAUCAAGAUCUCUCAGGGUCUGAGUCUACAGGACUUUGAUCUAAUCAGAGUUAUUGGACGAGGAAGCUAUGCCAAAGUUCUUUUAGUACGGUUAAAAAAGAACGAUCAGAUUUAUGCGAUGAAAGUAGUGAAGAAAGAAUUAGUUCACGAUGAUGAGGAUAUUGAUUGGGUGCAGACGGAAAAGCAUGUGUUUGAACAGGCAUCCAGUAACCCAUUCCUCGUUGGCUUGCAUUCCUGCUUUCAGACGACAAGUCGGUUGUUUCUUGUUAUAGAAUACGUGAAUGGGGGUGACCUCAUGUUUCAUAUGCAACGGCAAAGAAAACUCCCAGAAGAACAUGCAAGGUUUUAUGCUGCUGAAAUCUGUAUCGCUCUCAACUUUCUACAUGAGAGGGGCAUCAUUUACAGAGAUUUAAAAUUAGACAAUGUUCUCCUGGAUGCAGAAGGUCAUAUCAAAUUAACAGACUACGGCAUGUGCAAGGAAGGAUUGGGCCCUGGUGACACUACAAGCACUUUCUGCGGAACGCCAAAUUACAUUGCCCCUGAGAUUCUACGAGGAGAAGAGUAUGGGUUCAGUGUGGACUGGUGGGCGCUUGGUGUCCUGAUGUUUGAAAUGAUGGCAGGGAGAUCCCCCUUUGAUAUUAUAACUGACAAUCCAGAUAUGAACACUGAAGAUUACCUCUUCCAAGUUAUCCUUGAAAAACCAAUCCGAAUUCCAAGAUUCCUUUCCGUUAAGGCCUCUCAUGUCUUGAAAGGAUUUUUAAAUAAGGAUCCCAAAGAGAGGCUUGGAUGCCAACCGCAAACUGGAUUUUCUGAUAUCAAGUCUCACACGUUCUUUCGCAGCAUAGACUGGGACCUGCUGGAAAAGAAGCAAGCAACCGCUCCAUUUCAGCCUCAGAUCACAGAUGACUAUGGUUUGGAUAACUUUGAUACCCAGUUCACCAGCGAACCUGUGCAGCUAACUCCAGAUGAUGAAGAUGUAAUAAAAAGAAUAGACCAGUCGGAGUUUGAAGGAUUUGAAUAUAUUAAUCCAUUGUUGCUGUCAACUGAAGAAACCGUAUGAGAGAGAGGCAUCUACAUUUGAGGACAAAUAAUGUGAAUGAACUGUGACAUUUAAUCCUUAACAACAGUAUAUGCAUGCAAGGCUGGGGUAAACUGUAAGGUUUUAAGUGGAGACCAAUGAUAAAAGAAAAAAUUGCUGCUGAAAAAUCAAAAAAACAUGAUUUUGGUGGGUGUCUUCCUCUAUUUUUUUAAGAAAAAGUUUGGGGCACUGACAGAGCUGGCUUCAUGAAGAAAUCUGCAUUUCGUGCCUGCUUCAUCAAGGAUCAGUGGUUGGUUGCAUCCUUGGAAGAGAGAGAUUCCAAACCACUUUCAAAGCUGCACGCUUCUGAUGGACAUUUUCAUGCAACAACCUACUAGAACAGUGUAACAUCCUGAAGAAUAAAAUUGUUAGUGGUGUUGAAACUUACUUUAGAUGCCUUUUUUCACAAGUGGUACCUAUCUUAAAUGUCUCUCUAUGUGUGUGUGUGUGUAUAUGUGUGUGUAUAUAUAUAUGCACGCACAUACAUACUAAAGAAAAAGGAGUUGUGUUUUAUUAGCAAUUAUAACAAAUUUGGGUACAGUAUUCAAGUGCCUAAAUGGAUAAACUACAUAAAAAAUAUUCCAUAUUUGGAACACUUGAUAAAUCCUGGUCAUUUAAAAAUAAGUUCUUGUUAUUUAAAAAAAAGUAUUUUACAGAUGGAACAUACAACUAACAGCUGCUAUCUAACAUUAAUUUAUACCUUCAUAGAACUUUUAAAAGGGACAGAAGUCUCAGCAAUAACAAUUCCAAAUUAGAAUUUAUCAAUUUAAAUAUCUGGAUUAUGCUUAAUGUGGGAGGAAAAACAAAAUCCAAAUCUCAUUAGAAGAAUUAAAUUUUUGCACAUGGUGGAUUUCUGAAAAUACUUGAGCAGUGCCUACAAUGUCUUGUGUUGUAUACUAGAUUUUUGAAUAAUAUUUUUAUCAAUGCAAUAUUCAAAAGGAACAAUGGAAACGUAAUGGAUCAUAGCCUUACAGUUAAGAAAAACUAUUCUAGGAUAUCUAUCAACAUAUUGCAUUUUUUCUGAUAAAGCACACCUCCUACUUAAAACUUAGCUUUGAGAUGUUCAGCGUGUCUCAUUGACCAGCUCUUCAAGAGGAUGUUUUGAUAAACGCAACACUUGAUCAAAGUGGCAACUUAAUGAUGGAGAAAAUGAACAGAUGUAUAAAUAUUGUAUGACUAUAAUAUAAAACAUGUCCAUAUUUCCUCUUUUGAAAACGGGGACGUUGCAUCAGGUUUAUUGUUCGUCAGUUUCGGGAAUAAAAAAAAGAAGUGUCCAUUCACCUGAGGACAAACCACUGCGCAUUGUUAUCUAAAACCUUUCAGAAUUAUCAGCCUCUUUAUGGAUGAGAAUAAGAGGCAGUAUUUCAUUUUAGCAGGUUUUUGUUCCAACACUGAAUAGCUUCUGGGAAAGAAGUUUCAGCAGAAAAGAGAGAAACCCUGUGUGCCAUUAUAUCUCACCCAAUUUGGUAUAAAAUGCAAGAUGAUUUGCAACCGUUUUCACAUUACUUUUAUUGUAUAGGUUUCUCAGGGCGUACAGCAUUAUGUUAGGUGCUGAACAUGACAUCUCAGUUGUAUUCAAGUCCAUGAGGUGCUAGGGUAAGACUGCCAAAUCAUGGUAUUGAAAAAUCUUUCAAAGAACCAUCAGUUUAAGACUAUAUUUUGUAUGUCCCUUACCCUGGCCACUGAAUUAACGCACAUCCGUGAUAAUUCAAUUUUAUUAGCCCCAUCCAGAGUUGACGAAGAUUGCUCUCUGGGCUGUGUUUUUUUGUAUUAAGCAAGGUAUGUUCUAACCAGCACUAAAGUAAUUCAGUUAGAAGCACUUUCCUCCAUCACGUGGGACUUAGAUAACUAAGUCACCUAGCUAAGAAAGAAUCCUGUUUUCUUUUCAAGUGAACCAUGAAAAGUUUUCGAAUACCUUCUUUCCCUCCUCAGUGAAUUAUUCUGUGUACCCUGAAUGUUCUGUGUCUCUGUAUCUUGGAUUUACAACUGAGCAGCUGGUUUUGCAUGGUGAUGUGACCUACAGAUGCCACCUAGUUCUGCGGCAAAGGAGCUAGGAUAACAUUGAGGGUUCUUUGCUCUAUAAUUCUGCAAUAUCAGAACGUCAGAGUAGGAUGAGUGAGUGGAUACACACACUUGCUCAACAGACAUAAUAAAACAAGUCCUUGAUUUAUUUACAAUUUAAGGCAUUUACAAUGUUGCUGUGUUGCCAAAUAAGUUGUUGGUUUCAAGUCAGUUGCUCAUGUGCAAGUGUAUGACUAAUGUUCUGUCCAUGAUGAAGGGGAAUUUUUUUAUAUAAAGUUCUUGUUUUAUAAAUUAAAGAAAAAUGAAGGAUGUAAUUAAAUGUGUGGUUUAAAAAAAAUCCUAAUAUAUUGCAAAUGGAUCUGGUAAUGAUAUAAUUGUCUUAGUAUGUAAAUGAAAUGUAAAUGAAAACACUCUAGCUAAUUUAAUGAUUGUAAAACAGUAAAUAUGUUCUUGUAGUUUUGUAUAAUUAACUAGUUGAGAUCUUUGGCCAGUUUUAUUUGUGCAAAAGAUGGUAUACUAACCCGUAAACCGCUAAGAUCAUUUAUAUUCUUGCACAUCUAUUAAAGACUUUAAUGAAAAA